AUCCUCGCAAAGUUAUUAGCGGUUAAAGUUUUAUACAAAAUGGCAGACACAAGUUUGUUGGUACCAUGCCCUCAGCGGUUUUAACGCAAAAACGAGGGGAAACUUUAACUGCUAAUAACUCAAAGAGGAUUGAACCGUUUGACUUGCAAUUUGAAGCAAAGAUAGAAUGCAACAAGGGUUAUUUGUUGUGUGGGUCACGUGAGUGCCAGCCCUCACUCUAAAGUCUGCAAGUAUACCAGACUUUUACUGCUUAGAACUUUAAGAUAAUAUUGAGGGAGGCUUUCGAAUCUGCAGACAUUAUAGAGUGCAAAAGUAGCUAUCUGUAUAGAAUGUUGAUUUCACCCCUAACUAUAAUGUCUAAGUAUGGGCACUCGUUACUGGAACUUGAGGUCGUCAUUAGAGACUAAGGCAAGGUUUUUUUUCCUUCAACGUUUUUUGCAGCUGAGCCAGUCACCAUGAGCCGCCGUGUGAAAUACACCCCAGCCGAGGACCGCGCGCUCCAGGCCUUCGUUGAGGCCAACAAGUUUAACUACCCUGUGACCGGAAAUAAAUUGUGGAUCUUCACAGAGACCCAGCAAGUAACUGAUCAUUCCUGGCAAUCCAUGAGGGCCAGGUAUAUGCUAUUGUCAGGGGCCCCUGCGAAGAAGGGCAAAAAGAAGCCCUCAACGAGACCCUCCCUGGGAAGCGGCACUCAGGGAACAAUUCCAUUUCACCCGUCGUUCACCUCCACCUCCACCCGCCCCACCUCCACCCACCCCACAUCCACCCACCCCACCUCCACCCUCACCACCUCCACUUGUACCAUGUCCACCCGCCCUACCUCCACCCACUCCACCCACUCCUCGACGUCGACAGUUCCACAACAAGUUACUGUGACGGACGCAACGACACAGACAGACGGCACGGGGAUGGUCAGCGUCGGGUUUGGCAUCCACCUGUUCUGCCCUGUCACGCAGUACAGGCUGGUGGAUGUCAGCACCCAAACAGUGCGUCUGCCAUCCCAACAGACGUUCGCAUUCAUUUUAGACAUGCAUGCACCAUGCAUUACCAUACGCAUCAUACGUACGUCAUACGCCCAUACAUUCUCUUUGUAAAUAAAUUUUGUAAAUAGACGUUUAUAUUAGUGUAUGUAAGAAAAAUAGCCAAAAAAAAAAUACAUAGACCAAAAAAAUCACAUUAUUGUAAAUAGUUUCAAUUCAACAAAGUUGAAUUUUUGUAAAUACCUUUGUAACUAGAAUUGUCAAAUAGAAGAUGUUAACUUAAGACUUAUUUAUUGUAAAUGUCACUGUACAAAAAAUUGUAUAUAUUUUAACUUCUGUAA